GAACUGCAAUCAAGACAGAACCACCGGAACACGGCCUGAAAGCCGAAAACCAAAACACCAGUCGAGAGAAACCCUAUCCACCGUACCUCCAUUAUUCUCGCUUCUCAGAAUCUCAGGGUAAAGAAACUCUUCCAGCUAGCUUGGGCGAGCAGGGGAAUCAAGCACAAUGCCGUUCGCCGGAGCCGUCGCCCCCUGCACCACCAUCCUGCUCCUCCUGCUGCUCGUCCCCUGUGCCGAGGGACAACCGCCCGAGGCGACGCCGCCGGGGGGCACGGCGAUCGGGCAGAUCCUGACCAAGAACGGGUGCGGCGCCUUCGCCGGCCUCGUCGCCGCCACGGCCGGCGUGGGCCAGGUGCUCCGCGAGCAGAGCGACGCGGGGCUCACCGUGUUCUGCCCGGACGACGGCGCUGUCGCGGCGUUCACCCCGCGGUUCAGCAACCUCACCGCCGACCGCCAGGCCUCGCUUCUUCUGUACCACGGACUGGCGGUACGCUCCUCCGAGGUGGAGCUCUCCUUGUUGACCCGCCUCGGCGGGGAAAUCGAGGUGCGGACGCUCGAUCGGGGCCGCUGGGGCUACGGCAUGCUCACCAUCUGCGACUGCGGAGGCACCAUGAGGCUCUCUUCGUCGCCGCCGUCGUUCACGAUGCCGGACGAGGCCAGGGUCACCAACACGGUCGUCUACAACGACCGCCUCACUCUCUACCUCAUCGACGCCGUGCUGGUUCCGGGAGCGCCGGCGGUGUUCGACUACUCGGACAGCCUGGUGACCGUUUGCUUCUUGCUCGGGAUCGUCACCUUAGUCUUGGGGUCGUGUGUUCUUUCUGUCAUUCGUGCAUGAGAAGAUCGUACCGAAGUUGCGCCAUAGGGCGACAAGAACCUUAGUUCGUGAUCGCUUCCGUGCGUCCCCUCUCCCGUAGUCCUGCUGCAAGCCUCCUUCACGGUCAGAUCUCCGUCCCUGAUGUACCGACUGGUGUUCGAGCACUGCUGGUGGCACGUUAAGUUCAUGUAUCCCAUGGCCGUCGUUUUGCACGGUGUAUGUCUGUGACUUGUCUAAACACUACCAUCUCCUGUGCUUGCGUCUUCUCUGUCUAUGUAUAUAUGUGUUCUUGCGAGCAACUUUUUCUAUGUACUCCUUUAGUGAUCUAAACACUGUUAUAUUUCUUUACAGAAGGAGUAUACAAGUGUUUAGUUACUUUAGGAACUAGACUUCAUGUGAGU